AUGACAGAAAGCCACCCCUUCUCGUCCUCAGGAGAGGAGGCCAUCUCGCGCCCCGUCGUUCUAGAUUCUUCGGAAGUGCAGGUUGCGGGGUACAUACCCAAAUCUGAGCUUGCCGAGUACUAUGAAAUCAGUCGCACAUCCAAGGAAAUAUUAUCCGGCGAUUACAAACGAAUAGCUCUCCAAUUUCCAGACGAACUACUUCAACACUCGGUUCCCAUCUACCGCUUGUUAAAGCAAAAAAUUGGGGAUGGUCGCGAGUUAUAUGUGCUGGCGGAUACCUCUUACGGCAGGCAUGCUUCAUUUCUGUUGCAAGCUUUCAUCAUCUCUAACCUUUUCACUGUCGCGAAAAGUUGUUGUGCUGAUGAUGUUGCUGCCCAGCAUGUCGAUGCCGACGCAAUAAUACACUACGGCCACGCGUGCAUGAGCAAGACAUAUCGACUUCCUGUGAUCUAUGUUUUUGGGAAAAAGUCUAUCGAUGUAACAGACUGUGUUCAGAGCCUCGUACGAUCACUGAGAUCCUCGCCCUCGGAAACUAGCCGGACUCUCUUGUUCAAGCACGAUGUCGCUUAUACACAUCAGGCAGAGACCAUUGUAUCAUCACUUCGUGCGGCGCUCAAGUCAGAUAUAUUAUAUUCAAAAAUGCCUGAUCGGCUCGAGCCAAGCACAGCGCUAGCGCCCGAUCCCCUCGACGGCAACUCCAGAGCUUGGGGCGUAGAACACAGUCUUGUGACAAUUCUAUACGUCGGACCGUCCAGUCUAGGACUCACCAAUUUAAUUAUGACGCAUUCAUCUACUCCUGUGCAUAGCUACGAUCCUGCAACACGAGAAAGUCAUCUCGAAUCCCUUCGCACGAACAAGCUUCUCAUGAGACGAUAUGCCGUCGUACAAAAAGCUCGAGACGCUGACGUCUUUGGUAUCCUCAUCGGGACUCUUGGAAUUUCUUCAUAUCUGCCUCUUAUAUCCCACCUCCGUCGGAUACUGAAGCAGGCGCACAAAAAAUCAUACACAAUCAGCGUAGGCAAGCUGAAUCCGGCGAAGCUUGCCAAUUUCAUGGAAAUUGAAUGUUUCGUCCUGGUUGCGUGUCCUGAGAACAGUCUCAUCGAUUCGAAGGAUUUUUUCCGGCCGAUAGUAACGCCAUAUGAACUGCAGAUCGCAUUACAGCCUGAACCGGUCUGGACAGGAGAAUAUGUCUUGGACUUUGACCGGCUGCUUUCCAACUCGGACGACGCUUCGCAAACGCACCCAUAUCGUACAGAUGGAAUGGCAGAAGAUAAUGUAUCUGACAUGAACGAUCCAGACCAGCCUGUCUUCUCGCUGGUCACAGGGAAGUAUCGUCAUGCCAAGCGCUAUGGUAACGAUGACACGCAGCCAGGUGCUAUUGAGAAUUCAUCCGCUGUCAUCCUGCGCAAUCAAGACAACACCGUCGCGACCUUAAGAGAUAGCGCUGCAGGGGAGUUUCUACAGUCAAGGACUUUCCGUGGACUCGAGACUCGUGUUGGCGUAGAUGCACCGAGUGCACUUGAACAGGGGCGCUCAGGUAUCGCGAGAGGGUACGCGGACGAUCACCAUUCAUCUUGA